AUGGGUAAACAGCCGAACGGUGCGCUUAUCCGACAUCUGCGAUAUGCGAUUCAUCACCUUUGUGACGGGCCCAAUUCAAUCAGCGCUCAACUGAAACUGAAACUGAAACCGAGACCAAAAGGGCCAGGGAUUAGCUCCCCGUGUUUAUUAAAAGCAGCCGUGAAUGGAAUUCAGAUGACUAUCGAAGGGCUUAGUUACGCAGUAGCCUGA